UUCACUGGCAAAAAAGCAGAAAUUCCUGUGUCAGAGGAUUGGCAACUGGAGGAGAGAGAAAGAAAGAAAAAAGUUGUUGAGUGAGGAGAGAGAGGGAUAAAGCUUUUCCUUUGUUCUUCGCUUCCAACUUUAUCUCUCUAGGGUUUGGCACACUCUACUAGCUAAGAGAUAGAUAUCACUAUGAACUACUACCUCCUCACGUUUUCCACUCUUCUCCUUUCUCCGAUUUGAUCUAAACAAAUGUUCGUUUCCUUUUCGGUUUUAGUGCUGCAAUUUCUGGUUUAUGGUAGAUCUAAUUGGUGCCUGAAGAAGUUGAAGCUGCUGAUAUAGUAUUGUUUUUUAAAUGGAGGAUACUCAAUCUGUUGGCGUGCUCAUGGACUCUGCGACCUCCAAGAUACAGCAACUUCAGAAAGCAUUCGCUGAGCUUGAAAGUAACCGAGCUGUUACCCUAAAUAUGAAAUGGAAAGAGCUGGAAGCCCAUUUUCAUGGCCUGGAAAAGUCACUAAAAAGGCGUUUUCAUGAGUUGGAAGACCAGGAAAAGGAAUAUGAAAUCAAAACAAUGGAAGCACAAGAGAUACUAGAGAAGCGUAAAGCAGCUGUUGUGGCGAAGGAGGAGGCUUCUUUAGAGAAGCUUCAGGAGAAAAGGGAUGCUGCUGUUUUUGCUAUAUCAACUGCUAAAGAGAAGCAAUGGAGGGUAUUGUGUGAAGAAUAUUCUGAAGCUACCAGUGAGAGCCCGGGUGGAACCAUGGAGGAAACACCAACUAAUUCUAUGGUAUCUGAGAUUACUUCUGAAUAUACAAGUGGAACAGCUGAAGAUGGAAGUCCAGAAGUGCAGUCAGCUGAUAAUGGAAAUGGGGAGGUGGCAUCUUAUCCCGAGCUUGUCAAACUAUGUGAAGAGAUGGAUGCUGAGGGUCUUCACAAUUUCAUUUCUGACAACCGCAAGAACCUUGCUUCAAUGAGGGAUGAAAUACCACAGGCUUUGAAUGCUGCAUCUAACCCUGCUUGUUUGGUUCUUGAAUCGCUGAAAAACUUCUACCGUGGUGAUAUCACAAAUAUGGAUGCGAAAAAGGAUUCAAGUCUUUUGGGUCUCCGCAGAACCUGCAUCAUGUUGAUGGAGUGUCUUAGCAUUUUGUUUUUGAGUCUCGAUGCAACCUCUGUUUCUGCAAUAGUCUCUGCAGAUGUCAAGGCACGAGCAAAAGCUCUUGCUGAAGCGUGGAAGCCAAAACUCAAUGAACUUGACAUGGAAGCUGGCAGUGGAAACUCCUUGGAGGCUCAUGCAUUUUUACAACUUCUAGCUACUUUCUGUAUCACAUCUGAUUUCAAUGCAGAAGAACUAACCAAACUAGUGCCUUUGGUGUCACGUCGUCGUCAGGCUGCUGAUCUCUGCCGCUCACUUGGGUUAUCUGACAAAAUGCCAGGUGUAAUUGAAGUGCUGAUUAAUAGCGGCAGACAAAUUGAUGCUGUUAAUUUGGCCGUUCAAUUUGAGCUGACUGAGCUAUUUCCCCCUAAGCCUCUGCUGCAAUCUUACUUGAGGGAAGCGAAAAAGGUUCUUUCUCCAGCUAAGACUGGAAACACAUCCCCUUCAUCUGCCAAUACACAGAACAACGAUGUGAAUGAACGAGAGCUCAGUGCCCUGAAAGCUGUCAUAAAAUGCGUGGAAGAGCACAAGCUUGAAGAACCGUUCCCUAUGGAGACACUGGCAAAACGCGUACUCCAGCUCGAGAAGGCGAAAGCUGAUAAGAAACGAGCAACCGAAGUUGCUAAACCUCAAUCCAAGAGACCCCGUGCUACCAACGUGGUGGGGUAUGGGCCACGCAUCACUAACCUUGCUGCCAACACUUCCCCGUACGCUACUGCUAGAUUGACUGACAGGUACCCUCCACAUCCCCAUCCCCAUCCCCAUCCCCAUCCCCAUUCCCAUCCCCAGUAUGUGUUUGACAACAGACCUUACAUUUACACCACUGAAAAUCAUUGCCCUCCUCCUCCUGUCUUGGGUUCUCCUGCUUAUGGCUUUCCUUCGAGCCACCAUGGAAAUUACUACGCCAAUGGUUACCAGUAUCAGGCUCCUCCUCCUUAUCAUCGGUAGUUUGUAACUGAUGCUGAUUUGGUGACCUUGAAGAAAUUCCGAUUUUAACUACUACUAAGUUUUUAACCCUUUUCUAAGAUGUCACUCAUGUCGGGUACUGUACUGGUUAAUAUUAGUAUUAGGUUGGGGAAAAAAAACGAGAUAAUGCAAGGUGAAGCUUUAGUGUUUUAGACUCUUUUCAGUUUCAUGUAUAAUGAGACCUUUUAAUCCUCUAAUAUGUGUACUGUGUUUUUCUGUUUGUA